AAACUGUGUUUUGUAUACAAAACCACACUUUGAUUGCCACUAACUCUUGAGAUAAUCACCGAAAACCGCGUCCGCAAGACAUAAGUGAUGGUUGAUUACGAGCGCCAGAAUCUGCCGGAACUGCUUCAGGCCUACUAUCGGCUACUGUUUCCGCACAAACUCUUUCAUCGGUGGCUUUCGUACGACAAUGAAAACGGAUACUUCGAGAGGCGGGAGUUCUCGUUCACUCUGGCGGGCGAUAUAUACGUGAGGUAUCAGUCUUUCGGUGACAGUCUGGAGAUGGAGAGAGCGAUCGUGUCUCGAUGUCCCGAGAAGAUAGACAUCGGAGCCGUGUAUAACAUACGGCCCAAAGAGUCCAAAAGCGUGGGUUUAGUGGCCUUUAAGGCCGAACACCGGGAACUGGUGUUUGACAUCGAUAUGACUGAUUACGACGACGUGCGCACGUGCUGUAAGGGCGCCGACAUAUGUCCCAAAUGCUGGCCUUUUAUGAUAAUCGCCGCCAAAAUCCUAAACCGUGCGCUUCGCGAGGACUUUGGUUUCCAACACUUACUGUGGGUUUAUUCGGGCCGAAGAGGUAUCCACUGUUGGGUCGCCGACCGGAGGGCCCGCAAACUGGGCGGCGACGCGCGCGCCGCUAUCGUCGAGUACUUGAGUGUCAUAGAGGGCGGAGGGUUUAAGGACAAGAAAGUGUCUUUCGAUGGCACCCAUAGUCUUCAUCCGAGUAUUGUGUCCGCUCUCAAGACAAUCGACCGCUACUUCGAUUCGGUGGUUCUCGACAAACAGAAACCUCUGGAAACGCCGCAACAGAUGAACGCAAUCGUCGAUCUCUGCCCGGAUUCGGCGCUUAAGGAGCAGCUGAAGACAGCGCUUCUCAAUCCGAAGCUAAAGGACUCGACCGACCGAUGGGACCAAUUGGUGACCAUCUGUGGCGGCUAUUUCGACAAACUAAGCAAACAAAAGGCGUUCACUAAACUCAAAAAUCGUCACUUUGUCGACGAAUUGAAGCUCCAGUUGUGUUACCCACGGCUCGACAUAAAUGUGACAAAAGGUUUGAACCAUUUAUUGAAGACUCCGUUCUCUGUGCACCCGAAGACGGGCCGAAUCUGUGUCCCCAUUGACUUCAAUGAAAUGGAUUCGUUUGAUCCGUUCAAAGUACCCAACAUUAGCUCACUUUGUCAUCAAAUCGAUGACAAAAGCAGAUCAGACGCACCCAAUGAACGGUCCUAUGAGAAGACAGAUCUGCAUAAAUCGGUGAAAAUUUUUCAAAACUUUAUACAAAACAUCGAAAAAGAAAUUAAAUUAUUGAAGAUUAAGGAUAGCGACGAUAAAAUGGAUUUUUAA